ACCUUCUUCAGCAUCAUGCAGGGCUGGAUCGCCACCUGCCAACUGGGACCGGGAUUAGAGCUGGAAGACGAGGCGGCCGGGGAACCCAGCCUUCUGCCAUCUGACUUAGGAGACUCUGCCCAACCUGAGAGCUAUGAAGACGAGGAAACUGGGCCUGAGCUGCUGGCCACAGCAGAACUGCUCAGCAGCCUGGAGGAGCUGGAACUCAGCAAUCGGAGGCUGGUGGGGGAGAACGCCAAACUCCAGAGAAGUGUGGAGACCGCCGAUGAGGGGGCCGCCCGGCUGGGGGAGGAGCUGGCCUCCCUGCGAAAGCAGCUCCGCAGUUCCCAGCAGGCCUUGCAGUUUGCCAAGGCUGUGGAUGAGGAACUAGAAGAUAUGAAGAGUUUGGCCAAGAGCCUGGAGGAGAAGAAUCGAAGCCUCGUGGCCCAGGCCCGGCAGACGGAAAAAGAGCAGCAACAGCUGGUAGCUGAAGUGGAGACCCUGCAGGAAGAGAAUGGGAAGUUGUUGGCGGAGAGGGAUGGUGUGAAGAAGCGGAGUGAGGAGCUAGCCAUGGAGAAGGAGGCCUUGAGGCGUCAGCUGUGUGAGUAUGAGAGCCUCAUUUGCCACCGAGACACUAUCCUCUCUGAGCGGACAAAUCGGACAGAGAAUCUGACUGAGGCCUUAGAGGAGUAUAGGGCCACCAUCCAGGAGCUGAAGCAGAAAAUCUCCCACCUGGAGGAGCAGCUGAGUCAGAGCCGCGAGGGUCCCGAGGGGUUUCAGGACGGGACCCAAGGAAUCACAGGUGGAUGGAUAAAGCUACACCCCCAGUCCCUGUGCCUGGAGAUUGAGGCCAUUCAGCAGAUAACCGGCCCGGAGAAGUCAAGUGAAUUGCUCAGCAGCUUGGAAGAGGAAAAUUCAUGGUUACUGGGAGAGCGGGACCACCAGAGAGCCAGCCAGAAGGGCAUGAGGCCCCCAGACACGGUUGGAUACCUCAGCACAAUGGAGGGCGCGCAGCUUGGAGACAGACCAUGUCCUGAUGCCAGGAGCAGCCCCAGCGAUGCCGCCCUCCUUCAAGCCAUAGAGCCUCUUGUGGGCCAACUGCCUUUAGCUGGGCGGCGGCGGCAGCGGAGAACAAGCUGGGAACUGUAUCCCACUCCUAUAGCUGCCCAGACACCUAGGUAA